AUGGUGAUUGCUGGUUCAUCUGGGCCAUCGCCAGAGCGCGCUGCCGCCUGGUCGGCUGUGGUCGCCCAGCCUCAGGCUGGGCCCGGAAAGGCGACCAUGCCGUCGAAGCCCCCUGUACCGCCGGCUCCGACACCCGCGACAACACUCGCUGAAAGGACUCUUCCCCACGCACCCGCGGAUCCCCUUGCCGUGUCGGGGGCUGGCCCGUCUGUUCCUGCUGCUGCUCCGUCCGCUCCGCCGGCUGCUCCUGUUCCCCUGGCUCUCUUCGUCGAGCCGUCGGUGCCUGCUCCUGCUGGGGGUGUUGCUGAUCCCCCGGUUCUUGUCCCUGGCGCACCCGUUGCACCGCCUGCUUCUGUCCCCGACGCGCCUGUUCCGGCUUCUGUUUCGUCGCCGAAGGCGGCGUCCGCCACCACUAGCGGCCCGGCUCCGUCGGUUGCGCCCUCAGCAGCGGGGCAAUCCGCGCCUGCUGUGGCGCCGGUGGCCUCGGCAGGUCAGCCGUCACGCCUCCCGUCACCUGACCGCCGCCCGUCUCGCCCUCAUUCCCCCACGCCCCACCAGGAUCGCAAGUCGUCUCGUCGCCGUCGUGAUUCUCCACGGCGUUACCAGCAACCGUCUCACUGGCCUGCUCACCUCGGUGGUCAGGGGGACUGGAGGGGUCCCCGCGGGCGCGGUGGUGGUGGGGGGUACCGCCCGCCGGUGACGAUGGCAGAUCUUCAGCGGGAAGUGUUCACAUCCCAACGGCUCCUGCUCCCGCUGCGUUGGCGCCCGCCCCUGGAGCGCGUCUUGCCGCCGGUUCCGCCUGUUGCGGGGGUGGAAUUUGUGGCCGCUGGUGGCGGCGCGUUGGCGUGGCAGUACUCACAUCCCGCUGAUGAAAAUCAGCCGCUCCAGUUCCUGGUGGAGGCGCUUCAGCCUCCGCAGACUCGUCGGCGUGACACUUGCCUGGACGCGGCAGACCAGCUCGCGGUGCUCCUGGCGCCCGUGCUGGCUGCGCCCGCGGAGGGUGGCGUUGCUGCCGCGGGGCAGCUUGACGAGGCUGUCCGGGGCUUGAGGCGGCACUUGCGCGCAGGAUCUGGAGCCGCGGCGAUCGGCGCAAGCACGCUUGUGGUCCGGGAGCUGUGGCGCUCCCUGACGGGCGUUCUUCACGCCCUUGGAGCUCACCGCAUGUAG